AUGGCAAGGUUUAAGUUCGGUAAGAAGAAGAGAGAUAACAAAGCGGACACGACCAUGACAACAGGUGAAUUCGAAGGACGUCCCAGGUCUACGGCAGAUUUAGGCACUAAAAAUUAUGAUGUUGACGUAGGUAGUGGUGGUCAUUCUUCAGCAUUGGCCUCAGGCUUAGCUUCUAGGAACAUGUCUAUCAAAAAUAAGCGAGCCGUGGCAGCAUCUACGAGGAAAUCUCCUUGGAAGAGGCACAAAUUAUUCAAUUCCCCUUUUCCCAGGUAUAGGCAUGCUGCUGCUUCUAUCUCCAGUGAAAAGUCUGAGAUAUUUUUGAUGGGUGGAUUGAAAGAAGGGGCUGUUUUUGGUGAUACUUGGAAAAUUGUCCCUCAAGAGUCAGAUGACGGGGAAAUCAAUACGUUUAUUGCUAAGAACAUAGAAAUUAUCAAUCUUAAUAAUCCACCGGCAAGAGUUGGUCAUUCCGGCGUAUUGUGUGGUAAUGCUUUUAUUAUAUUUGGUGGCGAUACCGUUGAUACGGAUUUUAAUGGUUUCCCAGAUAAUAAUUUCUACUUGUUUAACACCAAUAAUAACAAAUAUACUAUUCCUAGCCAUAUAUUAAACAAACCAAAUGGAAGAUAUGGCCACACUAUUGGUGCCCUUUCGUUAAAUAGUUCAUCAUCUAGGCUUUAUUUAUUUGGUGGCCAGUUAGAGCAAGAUGUCUUCAAUGAUCUAUACUUUUUCGAAUUAAAUACUUUUAAGAGCCCAAAAGCAAGAUGGGACUUGGUGGAGCCAUUACACAACUUUAAGCCCCCACCUUUGGCUAACCAUUCGAUGUCGGUUUAUAAGAAUAAAAUUUAUGUCUUUGGUGGAGUCUAUAAUAAUGAAAAAGUAUCUAAUGAUUUAUGGUGUUUUGAUGCUCUAAGUAACAAAUGGUCACAGAUUGAAACUACUGGCGCUGUUCCAUUACCCGUUAAUGAGCACUCAAGUUGUAUUGUUAAUGAAAAACUUUAUAUUUAUGGUGGUAAUGACUUUAGUGGGAUAAUUUACAAUUCUUUACAUGUUUUAGACUUACAUACCUUAGUCUGGUCUAAGUUGACUGAAGAGGGUGAGAUUAAUGGACCAGGCUCAAGGUGUGGUCAUACAAUGACUUAUUUGCCUAGAUAUAAUAAAAUCAUCAUAAUGGGAGGAGAUAAGAACGAUUAUGUUGUUAGUGAUCCCUCUGAUUUUGAAGCGUAUGACGAUUACACUGGUGAGGAUGUCGGAACAAUGAUUUAUGAAUUAGACUUAGAUGUCAUCGAUCAGUUCACAGGUGAGUCUAAAGCUUUCACGAAGCCAACACCAGGAAGGUCGGAAGGGGUCUUGGCAGCCUCUACUACUGGCACUGGUGUCACCAAUGCUGGACAAGGUGGGACUGAAAGCAUUGUGGCAAAAUCUCAAGGAUAUGAUAGAAGAGCAAGAAGCUUUUCUGGUGGUCCGGAAGAUUUUAAAACUCCUAACGGUUCUCCUGAUAGAAUACCCAAGGCUAAUACCGAUAAGUUUGUCGAUGUUGAUGUGCCAUCAGGAACUAUAUCGGGCAACGAAUCUUCUGAAGAUGUUUCUUUCCAAAAAGAUG